ACCAAAAUAUAGCCUCAGUGUUCAAUAAGGAGGCGCGAAGACUUUGAUGAGCUCGUUUAUUGUAUGUACACUAAUGGACAGUAACAGAUAAGUUACACACCACGAAUCCACCAAAGAUAAAGCGUAGCCAAAUGGCUGAGCUGGAGCCGUGGAUCGAGAAACUCAUCCAAAACUACGGCCAGAGCCAGUGUGAAACGACUGUGAAAGACAACGUUGUCGGUGUAAGUAGUAGCAAAGGUGUGUGUUGAUCACCUGUGUGGAGUGUCGCGUGAGUACCGAAGCGCGGGUGUGUGUGUGAUAUCUCAGACUCGCAGCGGAUGGAGCACACAGAUGUCUGUAUGCGGUUCAUGUCCGAUGGGAGUGCUGUCAUUCCCGCGGUGCGGAGCGACGCCGCGUGGGAGCGUCUGCAGGAGUGAGGGACCUAUUAAUCCUCUGUUAUGACACCACUCACUACACACCUGAGCCCCUGUUUUUAUCUAACUCAUCUGGAUAAUCGGGCCCAGUGAAAAUCGUGCUGAAAUAAGCACAAUCUAGCUGUUACAAGGGCUCUGAUCUUCUGCCUUGCGGCAACUGUUGCCUUGAAUUUUGCACGUGCAUGAGUGAAUUUCAGAGAACACUACUUUCAGUUUUAGUGCAAAUGACAGUAAUUCAAUCAAACUCAGAUAUGACCGUGGCAGAGCUUUGUCCUCUGUUUCUUCAGCUUGGAGGAGAUGGAGUGUUUUACAGGCCUGCACAAUGCUAUAGUAUAUGUACGCAGCUUUGAAUCAUGAACCCUGAUCUGGUAUGUUAUAUGUAUGCAAUUGUUUUCAUCCCAGCCUCUCAACAUUUUUCAUUUUAGUGCUGAUGCAUUAUAGCAGGGACCUUUUUCAAACCAAUCAGCCAUCGGAUAGAGUCAGAGCAAGGUGACAGGUGACACCCUGAUAUAUAGUGCAUAAGUAUGACCUAAAAUUCAUACAGUGGCCUAAACGUUAAUAUUGCGCCCUAUUGAUGUUUAUAGUAAUUUUGCUUAUGAUGCAAAAAUAUUUUUUGUUGAUUUUCAGAGUUCUAUUUUAAUUUAACUUCAUUCUUUAUGGUGGAGGUUAUAAAGCAUUUAGCUGAAUUUCAGCUUCAUGGCAGUAUAUCUGGUUGAAAAGUUUAAUCUAUUUUCAUUGAACAGUUUUCAGGCUUGUCUUGUCUAGAAAAUUCAUGUAAAUUGAACUUAAAAUUAAAUGAAUAAUUAAUCUUAAAUCACAGUUGUAUUUCAGGCUUUUAGGAGUCUUGGCUCAUUGUCUCACCUCUUUCUUCCAUAUUAUUCCAUUUUCCAAAUUACUUCCUACUCUGUAGUGUAAUAUCCAGGAAAAAGUUGCAAAGUGCAAAAAAAAAAAAAAAGGGAUGAAUAUAUUUUUUAAAUAAAAUCUUUUAUUGGGUAGAAAUUGUGAUUUUAAAUAUAUAUAUUUUUUAAUUCUUUUAAAUUCUUCAGCUUUGGAGAACCACUGCCUCGGGGAGUUGAAAACACUGUGUUAAGGUGAAUUUUCGCAGGUGAAGUGUAGUCAUUUUAGUGGAAAUAUGCCUAGCUGGGAAUUCAGAUUUCUCAGUGGUUUCAAACUGGUCACACAGAUUCACCAUACUGACCAACAGAUAGCUGCUUGGUUUAGAAAUGACUUCUGUGUGAACUGUGCUUCAUAUACAGCUACACUAUUGACGAUAGACUAUUUUGCUUGCAGAAUUUUGCACUUUUAAGUACGUGUUUGUUUUGUUUGCUUUUUUAUGUUGUUGUUUUUUUAGGCAUCUUGCCAGUUUUACUUGAAUGUCAAUCAAAUGAACGUAAUAUGAAUCGCCUCAAAGCACCACCACCCCCAUGUCUCACUACUAAGCGUGCAAAGUGAUGUUUCCUAAUUGCACUAAAUCAAUAACAAUUAAUCUUUGUUAAAUGAAUUAUCUUUCAGUACAACUCUCUCAUCAGUCAGAGAUCAGAUCAUAAAGACAUGGAGGUGCGUUGACCUUCUUUACAGUUUGUGUGAACGUACAUCACACACAGAACUGCGGCGUGUUUUUAAGAUGAUGUGUUGAACGGUUAGUGUUAAUUGUAUUGCUCUCUGUCAGAUCCCGCAGGGAGGGUUCAGUAAGUUCAGCCUCUGGUAAGGAUCACACACACACACACACACACACACACACACACACACACUCUUUGUCUUUGUGUUUCUUUGAAUAGCUUGCAUGUACACACACCUCUUGCAUUGAAUGCCUGUAAUUUGGAUUCGUAAUGUCAUUUAUAAAGCGAAGACACAGAAAUGAUAAAGAUGUGCAUAAAAUAUGUACCUAAUUUCCCAGGGGUCUCGCUCUCGUCUCUGUUGGACGUGUGGCACAAUGACAUUAUAAUAAAUAUUCUGAAUGAUGCAACGGAGAAAAUAACCAUGUCUGCAACAUAUUGUCCUAGUGUGGCGACACCUACUCACUGGCACCGAGAGAGGCUUCACUGGAGGGGACAGGAGCAGUUCAUUGUCCCCGUGCCUUUUCUUCUCAUCCCGGAGGAACAGAGGGAGCUGAUGACAGCUGAUCCCAUGCGCGCAGGUGCAGAGAGUGAGAGUGAGAUGCCAAAUGACUUUGCCCCGCCCCCUGAAGAAUCACAUCCAACCAGCGCGUUGAGUGCAAACCAAACAAUGGCCGCUCAGGAUGGUUUAAGUGGCUCAUGUCCAGAUGAAGGACACACAAGACCAGAGGUUUUGUGUGGAACGGGGGAGCUGUCUGGGGACAGAGAGAGCCCAUGGGAUAUGUUCACACAAGAGCCGGCUCUAUUAGGUAGACGUUCCACCUCAGACUCAAAUGACCCAGAACAAGAAAGUCAAUCACUUUUAAAGAAAGCCCCCCCCCCAUUGCCUGUAGCAACAAGCACCCAAGACCAGUUCUCAAAGCAGAUCUCUGGAGGGCUGUUGGUGGACAGCAUUACACUCAGUCAGAGGCCAAAACAGACCCAGUUUAGUCUGUCCCACUCGAACGAUAAGUCUUUCAGAGACCCCAGUCAGGAGCAAGACAAAGAGCGUGCGCUGAGUCCUCCCCCGUGGCUCGUCCAUAGUACAGCCCCACCCUCUGAACAGAGGCCCUCGGCGUCUCCUUUCACCAAACCCAGAAAAAAAUGUGGCUACAUUGUCCCAGCUUCCCUGUUGCAGGUGCACUCAGAUGGAGCGCCUUUUUCCUAUUUGUAUCAUCCAGAGCCUCAGGUUGCCACAGCCCUUGGCCAUUUCCAAAUCCCAGGGCAUCUGAUACAGUGGGCGGUGUGUUAUCUGGGGACCUCUGACUGUGCAGAUGUCAGCCCUGAAGCUGGUUCAUAAACCAUUACCUCAAAUGACAGUUUAGUUUUUUUGUUGUUGUACAAAAGUUUUUUUUUUUUUUUUUUUUUU